AUGGAUUCGACAUUGCAGAAAUGGGAGCAUUUUUAAGAACUGAGAUAUGUGAAUUCAUAUUUUGCCUAUACUGACUUUGAAAAGCCAAUCAAGCGGUAUAUUGAAGACAGAUUUUAUUUACCUAUUGAACCUUACACUAAAAAAGGGGCAGAUGUGUUUAUUAAAAGAGGAUAUACAUAGUUAUCGGAUAGUUUAUUGCCUUUUUAAAAUCCUGAUAAUUAUACUUUCACUCAAAUUACUAAUAUAAAGUAUUUUUAAGCUGACUUAAACAGAAGGGGACCUGGUCUUGUUUAGAUCAAUGUUAGACUCGAUGUUGAAGUUGAAAUUUACACAAGAUAGAUUUACUCAAUUUAUAUAUUGCUUUUUUAAAUCGGAGGUACUAUAAAGGCAUUAAUUUUAAUUGGUCAUUUACUGACUAGAAUGAUCACUGAGAAAAUGCUAUAUUCUGAAUUGAUACAUCGUUUAUUUUUCGUUUAAAAGGAACAUAAGGCAAAACUUUUAGCCAACAGAAGAAAUAGACCCCCUGGAGAUAUAACUAACUAAUCUGGUGACAGUGAAAGAAAUAGGUUUGAAAUUCACUAAGAUCCGACUUUAGCAUCCCCAAUGAAUGAUGAAGGUAAAGAAAAGAGAUAUUUCUUUAGAGAAAUUGCUGAAGAUAUCACACUUAAGAUUGGAGUUUUAAAGAAAGCUAAAAUAAAUAUAAAAGAGCUUAUGUUCUUCUUGUGCUUGUGUAAGAAAAAGAGUCGGACCAAGACAGCUUUUAAAAAGUUUUUGUUUAACAGAGCAGCUGAUAAGAUUAAAAAGUAAUUUGACAUCGUUAAACUCUAUAAGAGAAUAUAAGAAUUAGAAAUCUUGCAAUCUGCUUUUGUAAAUCCUCUGCAAAAAGAGCUGAUGAGAUAUCAUGAAAGCUAUAUAGUAAAUUAAGAGGAUUUUAAUUUAGAAAUUCAUGAUAGUCAAGUAGACCAAGGAGCAAAUCAGAAAGGAUAUAAAAGAGAUUUAGGCCGGAAAAUUGUAGAGUAUUUAUCGCAUAAAAGGUUGAACAAAAUUGAUAGAUAAGUUCUUGGAAGCCUACUAGGUUCAAACUACAAUUUUUAAAGUUUUGACAAUAGAAAUAAGCAACAUCACUAUAGACUAGAUAGUAAAAAUGGUCUAGAGUUUUUUAGCAAUUAGUUCAAAGCCUUAGUAGAGAACGAUGAAAUGAAACAAUUUCAAAAAAAUUAAUAAAACUUUGCUGCUCAAAUUGAUCCAAAAAGAGUUAGCAAGCCUUUCUAAAAGUCAUUGUUUUAAAAAAGCAAAAAGGAUUCUGAUGAAAGACUUGCAAGACCUUCAGACUCUACAUUAAACAAAUAUCCAACCAUUAAGGUUACCUCACCAGCUUCUGAAUAGCGAUAAAUGAAUAAAAGAGGAAAAACUUUGAAAGAGAAGAAUUAGCAAUCUAAAAUUGUGAAUAUAUUGUUUGAGAGACUUGAUGCUAGCACUCCUUAAGGAAAAAAUUGUAAAAUUAUUACAGGAGAAACUAAUAAAAAAGUCAAUUCAAGUAACCCACUUAAGUUGAAUAGAAGUAUUCUAUCCCUAGAUAAAGGUAUCGGAGGUGAUUUCAACCUAUGA